AUGGGUGAAUCCGAUAAUGAAGGAUUGUCCGGUGAUGUGGAAGCAGAAGGGGAUUUCACCAACAACGUUACUAUUGUAGCGUUUGAAGAUCAAGUACCUUGUAAGUUUCCUGGCAUAAGCUCCCGUGCAUGGAGCUACAACCUUGAUAUAAACCUCCGGGAGGAAGCUGUUACCUCUCAAUACGACAAAGCAGUUACCCUCUCACGCGAAACCAGGCCUAGGACAGUGUGCAGGAACAUCAUUAAGGGAGCCAAGAUGGUAAACCCGGACCUUGUUCUAAAACCCGGAGCAGAGGAAGAACUUAAGAACAGUUUAGGAGAUUUCAAUGCAAUGAUCUCCUUUGCCCAAGCAUACCCAGCUGAAACAACCCAUCUCUUCAACAGCAUCACGCCGUUAGCCUUUGCUUUUGUUAACGACCUGUCAGAAGUAAAGUUCUUCAAAAAAGCACCUUAUCUACUUCCACCACCUCAACACCAACUUUGGCCGCCUCUGGCGCCAGUGGGCCAGUAUCUGCGCUAUGGUCCAAGUACUAGAGGAAGAAGCAAAGGAACAGAAGGUUGA